AUGGCGGAGAAUGUGGCUCCCCAUCCGACGACGAACGGCGAUGCGCCGGGGCUCCCCUUCUACGAAAAGUCGAGGCAGCAACUCAAGGAACUUCUGAACAAGAAGCGGCAGCUUGAGCGCACCCUGGCUCAGCGCGAAGACGCCAUCCUGCAGAAGGAGACCGAAUACCUCGAGAAUACAAUCAACGGCAACAUCAUCACAGGUUUUGACAACUAUACGAAAGGAACCACCAGUGCGGCGGCACAGAGGCGCAAGACGGGAACCACCGAGGCGAACCGGGUGUUUUCAAGAUCGAGUAUAUCCUACAACGCCACCAAUCAACCAGACGCCGCGCAAACACCAGGGUCGAUCAAUUCAGCGCCCGGGUCGCACGCGCCCACGCCGCAGUCGGCGAGCUUUGGUAAGGACACGGGCUCGAACCACCCGACGCCCACCUCGGCCACCGGCGGCGCCAAUUCCAAGGCCGGCGCCAGCAAGAAGAAGAAGAAGGGUGCGGCAGCCGCCGCCGCCGCCGCCGACGGGGUGGACGAUAGCGAGACGGACACGAGGGAGACGAAGAAGGUGCGGACCAACUUUGGCGCUGUGAAGAAAUCAUAG